GGACACAUAUCACAGUUGGAUCACAACAAAUAGUUGGUCUGGGAGAACGAAACCGCUCUAGGGACGCAUAUAGGAAUACAGUUAUGAAUUGUACCAUAACACAUUAAUUUGUAUUAUAUUAACAGGAUAGUCAUGCCAAACGACAAGGAUUCCAGGUGUACAUUUUACACUUGUAGUUGCUUUACUACUGAAAAUAUUUUCCUUGAGGAGUUCAAACUUCAUGUCAAAUUUCAGUCCGAACACCAGUUUAGAUUAGAUUAUCAAGCGGUAUUAAAAAAACUUGGCUGCUGCACUGACAAACAGUUUAAGGACAUAUUAAAUAAGAUUGCUGAAGAAGUUGAAAGGCGUCAGAGCAUUGGUGUGAAGUCAGCAGAGAGAGUUGCUGUCAUAAAAGAGAUUUAUGAGCCCAUCCAUGACCAUGUCUACAAUCUCCAGGAGUCUUAUCUGGCCCCACAGUUUAAACAGAUGGUAGAUUAUUGUCGUGGGGAAGAGGCCAGUGAAGAGGCACUGUUGUGUUUAAUGCAGACCAAGGCAGCCCCAAGAGUUUACCGCUUUCCUGUCUUCAAUAGAACCUUCUGUAAUGAGCUCAUAGAAGAGUUGGAACACUUUGAACAGUCUGCAGCGCCCAAGGGUAGACCCAAUACCAUGAACAAAUAUGGGUUCCUCCUGAAUGAGUUGGGGUUUGACGAAGGAUUUGUGACACCUCUCCGUGAGCAGUACCUGCAGCCUCUCACCUCCCUGCUCUACCCUGACAGUGGGGGACUUUGUCUGGACAGCCACAAGGCUUUUGUGGUGAAGUACGACAUGCAUGAAGAUCUGGACCUCAGCUACCACUAUGACAACGCAGAGGUCACUCUUAACGUGUCUCUUGGGAAAGAGUUCACUGAAGGGAAUCUCUACUUCGGUGACAUGAGAGAGGUACCCCUGAGUGAGACAGUGUGUACAGAGGUGGAGCACAAAGUGACAGAGGGUCUCCUUCACAGAGGACAACAUAUGCACGGCGCUCUGCCCAUCUCCUCUGGCCAGCGCUGGAACCUCAUCGUCUGGAUGAGGUCCUCAAAGGAGAGGAAUAAACUAUGUCCCAUGUGCAACAAAAAGCCCACCCUAGUCGAUGGAGAGGGCUUUGCCGAUGGGUUCACCAAGGACUCCGGGUCGUCCCUUUUACAGAAUGUGUCAUGUGUUCUGCAUUAACCUAACGCUGCUGGUCUAUGUUUGUUUGCGUUAUUGUAAUUGUCUUGGUCUGCUUAUGGCAGAGACAGGAUUGGAGGUGCCCAAGAUGAGUUGUUAAGAGGAAACACUGACAUUAGACACUGGCUCAUUACUGCUUCCAAUAACUUCUCACUAUACACAUUAGCAUUUUUCAAAACAAAAUGAACCAACUCAACAUGUGCAUGCAGUUUUGGUCCAGAUAGAAAGUCAUUCAUGACACAAUGUUUGAAUACAUUGGGGAAACCAAAGCUUUUGUCUUAAUAGGCUCUGUGCACAAGCGUAUGGACAAACUUCCGCUUUAGCCAGAUGUCGGCAUAUCAUUUUC